CAGCAUCUCUCAACCUCCGAGUCGAACGCCCGCCCUCAAGUGCUCACUCUCCUCAAUUCUCUCCAUUCGCGCAAGAACCAGCGCAUCUGGUCUGAAUCAUGAUGCCACACCGCGCCCCAACCCUCCGCGCGCUCCUCCGCAGCACCACGGCCUCCCUCCGCCCCGCCGCAUCCACGCAAUUCACAAAACCCCUCUCGCAAAUCCGCCCGCGCUCGCGCUCUCCCUCGCGCUCCCCCUCCCCACCCCCGCCCUACCAAGCGCGCAACAUAUCCCUCGCCGCGUCAACAACGCACUGGACGCGCUUCAGCACGCCCUACACCUACUCCUCGGUGCGCACAUUCACGUCUUCUGCCUCGCGGCUGCUCCCCAAUGCCAGCGGGGCCUCCAGCUCGCCGCAAGCGGCGCAGCAAAUCGAGCAAGUCAUAGAAGAGAUCCAAGAGCUGUACGGCACGGCGCGCGACGAGUUCGAGAUCGCAGCCGAGGAGACGGAGAAGAAUACUACGUAUGCGGCCGAGGACCGGGCGGCGGCGCGGGAGGAGCUGGAUCGGCUGCUGGAGUACUACAGCGGGGUUGUGGAGGGGGCGGAUGGCGCGGUGGCGGAGGAGGUCAAGAGACGGGUGGGGCAGAGGGUCAGGGAGCUGGAGCAGGCGGUUAGGGCGAUGGAGGAGAGUGCUGCUCAUGGGGAUUAGAGGGGAUGGGGAGGGUGGGAGAGAUGGAGUGUUGGAGCGCUGUACGAUAGGGGGAGGCUUGGAAGAGAAGGGAUGCAGCUGCGCUGCGUUGGGAUGUGUACGAUACGUCCAGGGCAGUUUGGAUGGGGUUCGAGGGCUGGUUCCCUUGGACGGGGCUGACGCGUCUGUGCAAGCGCUAUUCCCCAGCUCUUUCGCAGUGGGACGAAAGACUGUGUACAAAAUUCCCGUUUUCAGACGGGUCCGUACGAUACCACUCUUGUAUAAUAGAGCAUAAACAAUGCAUCGACACGAACAAUACAUCGACUGCAACAUGCGCCCGGCAGUCCCCA